CUUGACCAUCCUAACUGUGUCAUCACUUACUCAGUUUACUUUUACUGAGGGAUUUUCAGCAAGGGCUGUCUGAGGAAGGGCAAGGUGGCAUUUGUGUAACUUGGAGAAGCCCAUUCUAAUAUGUCAGAAUGUUAGCACCUGUGGAACCUUCUGAAGAGGAACAAUUGUUGUGUGUAGGUUCAAAUUCAGCUGUUAGCAUGGAACUUUCAGAAACUGUUGUAGAAAAUGGGGAGACAGAAAUGUCCCCAGAAGAAUCACGGGAGCACAAAGAAGAAAUCAGUGAAGCAGAGCCAGUGGGUGGCUCCUUGGGAGGUGGAAGGCCCCCAGAGGAAGGUGCCCAGGAGAUGAUGGAGGAGGAAGAGGAGAUACCAAAACCCAAAUCUGUGGUUGCACCACCAGGUGCUCCUAAGAAGGAACAUGUAAAUGUUGUAUUCAUUGGGCAUGUAGAUGCUGGCAAGUCAACCAUUGGAGGACAAAUAAUGGUGCUGUCUCUCUCUGAAGUUGCCUGCACUUUUUCUCAUACACCUCCUAGAGCAGAGACCGUGUCGGCACUUAAAACAGCACCUGGCACUGUAGACCGAGCUGGGGCAGUGUUUGACAAGGUCCAGGCACGAGGAGGAAUCCUGAAAACAGAAACCUCAUAGCUGGCCCCUGCUAAUUCCCGCACUUAUUUUUGCAGUUAUGAUGGUGAUUGGGCUCAUAUAUGGGAAAUCUUAUGUACUUAAGAUUAUUCAUCUUUAGUAAACAACAUAAGCCACAAUAUUGAUCAAAGCAGCAAUUCCGGAAAUGAAAGCAGUGUUAUGGGACCAACUGUUCCAGGCAUACUGCCACAAAUAAGUGAGGUGGAACAACCCAGGCCUCUCUUAAACCUAGAUGCAGUUUGUCCUCCCCUUUGUAACAAUUCAAACAUGACUAACUGGGAUUUCUUUAGAAUAUUGGCAGACAAGGAGUUAUUGGAACCUAGGCCAUGGAAAAACCCAUUCUUCCAAGAAACAUAUAUGAAACAGCAAAGUAAUAAAGAUUAAUAGUCCCCACUGCCC